CUUCGCUCGCUGCAAUGGAGACCAAGGGUCAAUCUUCAGACGAGACAACCCAAAAACUUGGCACUGCCACCCAACGGCUUGUACAAUUGACCGAUCAAAAUGUGCACUUGCAAGAGUCUCUUAAAAAGGCAAAAGAGCACAUUUUCAAUCAAGAAAAAAAGAUUCGUAGUCUACAAGAAUCCGAUCAAAAGGACUACUUUAAUGAAGCUCUACAAUCGUUACAAGCCACAGUGAAGCUCAAGGAAAUGGAACUUGAGCGAUCCAAGCGCGAAGUUCUUGAUACUCGUGCUGCAUCUCGACGAGAACAGCGCCUGGUUGUAUCUGCAUGGUAUGAACUGGGAUCCAAGAUUCAGAAAAACACACCAGGUUCCAAAGGCAGAGCGAUUGCUUCUAGUUCAUGGCUUGGCCAACAACGACAAAACUUGGAUAGUCCACGAUCAGCUCGAUACCGCUAAAUCCUCGCGAGGAUUCUCUGAUUUCUCGACAAUACAAAGCAUAAACUUGACACAUUCAAUUAUGGUUGCUUCCCAACUUGUAAUACAAUACGCUUUGUUAUGAGAUUAACUUGAAGAUGCCCAGACAUUGAAAAAUUAAAUUUUCUAUUAUACAACU